GGUGCCGGUGGAGGACGGUUGUGGAGGCCCGGCGGGCGUGAUGGCGUCCGCCCGGCGUGGCCGCCGUUGCGCUUUGUGCCUUUCCGGCCUGGUCGUGUUGUGUGUGGGCGUUAAAGGCGCCCGAAGCGAUUUGGCAGUGAGUGUCGAUGUGCUGUUCUGGACCCUCCUGUGCGGGUGAUGUCACCAUGACGUGAUGACCUCACAGAUGCCCUGGGGUGGGGCAGGGGCAGUGGGUCAGCGCGGAACCUGCUGGCCCCAUUCUGCGGGUGGUGCUGGUCCAGCGAGGAGCUGUGCGAGUGGUGCAGUAAUGCGGGCCCAGUGUGUCAGCAGAAGAUUAAGGGCGGUGUGGCGUGCGAAGCUGGUGGAGGAGGAGCUGCUGGCUCAUGCGGCCGUGGAGAAGUGCAAGGCCGUGGCCAGGGAAUCCUUGAUGAAGGAUGCCCAGAAAUUACGGGCAGAAAGAACAGCUGCCAGGAAAGAGAAGCUGAAGCAGGAGAAGCAUCUCGUUGCCCAGCUGGAAGAGCAGCUGCAGGCUGAGACAGAGGAGAUGGAGGUGCUGCGCCAGGAAAAACAGCACCUGCAAGAGGAGCGGGAGGAGCUGGAGCUGGAGGGUGCCUGGUGAGUGGGACUGGGCCUCUGCAGCACCCGGGGCAGCAACGGGACUGCAGUGCUGCUGGGCUUGGGGCUUGGGUUUCAGUUGGGCACAUGGUGUGACAGAGCAGCCCGACCCCAGCCCGGGGGUGGGCACGCACUGCUGGGGAGCCUGCGUGCUGACAGAGGCCGGCACCCUCCAAGCAGGCCUUGUUCCCUACAGGCAGCAGCAUCAGCUGGAGCUGGAGGCAGCCCACGUGCCUGGG